CCUGUCACGUUUGGCCGCGGGGGACCGAGAGGGGAAGUGCACGCGUGGAGACGCGGACGCCGGGAGCAUGGGGAAGAGACUGGGCAGCGACGUCAGAUCCUCGGGGGCGGCGGCCGCGCGGGGGGCAGUUUUUGAGACAGUGUCCUUGAGUUCAGACUCUCUCUUCCAGAGGGCAGUUUCAAUUCUUCAUACUUCUUACUUGGACUCUGCAUCUGAGCAUGGUUUUCAGUACAGUCAAGUGACUUUGGUGAAAAAUGACAUUUUCUUAAAUGAGUACAAAACUUUUUACCAAGAAAAAAAAGCAAGUAAUUAUACUCAGGAAGAACUUCAAGAGACUUAUGGGUUUCUUCUGUUUGAAACUGAAAAUCAGGCAAAGUCAGUAUGUCAGCGCGGACUCUGUGUGGGCUGCAGUACUGUUACCACGCUUGGUGACCCAGCCAAAGGUGUGUAUAUUUCCAAAUACUCAGACUGUCUUCAUGCAAGACCAUGGUAUCAUGGGAAGUCUGGUUAUGUUGUAAUUUUUAACCUAAUUAAGGGAAGAGUCAAGUUUGUGUCUGAGAAUUAUACCACUAACUAUACUAGCCCAUCUUCUGGCUAUGAUUGCCACGUGGCUGCAAAUACUAACAAGGUUUCUCACAAGACGAGUCAUUUUCGCGCAUUUGAACUGAGUCAGUAUUACCUCUAUGAAGUUUCAGGCAGCUCGGUUACUGAGCGACCCAGGCAGGUCUGUCCCUACAUUAUCGUAGCUUUCCACUACAGGGAGCCUAAAACAAUGGCAGCAUCAGCCCAUAAAAGCAUAUUUGAACUCGGUGAAAAUGCUCUGUCCUCUUCGUGGCAAGGCAAAUUAAUUGUUCAAGGCUAUUUGCUGUGUGAUAUAACUCUUUGGUCCUCUGACGGUACAGCUGUUCCAACACAAAUACCACACGAACUAGAUUUUAAGUAUGUAAUGAAAGUGUCAUCUUUGAAGAAAAAACUACCAGAAGCUGCCUUUAGAAAACAGAAUUACCUGGAACAAAAAGUCUGUUGCCGAGAUUUGUGCUUCAGGAUGUAUGAGGUGGAGCUGGCGAACAAAUGCGGGGGAAAAGUAGAUAAACUAACAGAGUACAUCAAAAAUAAGCAAUUGGCAAUCAUCAAAUGCUUAAAAGAUCGGGGGCUUUUCAUCUUAUUUACCUCAUCAGCCUUAAUACCAGAAACAAAUUUUAGAGAUGAGCAGAUGGGUCUGCGUGGGUUACAUUUAUUCCAUCCAUCCCUUCCAGCAGGGCUGAAAGAAUUGAAAGGUGAAGAUGACAUCUCAUCGAAGGUGACACCUAUUAUACCUGCCCUUAAUUGUGCCCUGUUAGAAGCAAAGAAGUCAUUUACUGAAGAAGGAGUCUGUCCAAACACAUUAGUAAAGCAUAGUUUCCAAGAACUGUACAAGGCAGACAAAGGCCCUCCGUUGACCGCUGCUUCCCAAGAUGGAAUUCAAGAGACUGCAUUCUUUGGCCAACUGUCCAAUGGCUUUGACUUGGUUCCUCCAGCAGAAAAGUGCCCUUUACAGUCUUUAACUCAGUUGAAGUCUUAUUUUUCAGAUCCCAGUGGGUACGUUUUGGAAGUGUCUGCUGCGUUAGAUUUCUUGGCAGAGCGUCCUCCGUCCCCUUGCAUCUCAGAUGGAGUUUGUGAUGCCGGGUUUUCUUUAGUUAUGACUCCAGAUCCUGAAUUUCUUGACUCCGAGGUGGAAGUAAGAAAAGAAACUGAAACCAAAAAGAAUCCUGAAGAAAUGUUUAAAGCCAGGCGGGGAGCUCUGGUUCCGUUAAGUGCAGCAUCAAACCUGAGAGUUCAGCCUAAGAGAAAGGCAAGCACGCCGCCUGCUGUGCAGAGCAAAAGGGUGAACUUGUGCCGUCCCUUCCCCAAAAGAAAUCCCGCCGGAGCGAGCAAGGGUUCGAGCUCUCCAACAACUCUCAAGUUAGUUAAAGGACCGUUGCUUCCCAAAAGAAAAAGAGGUGCUGACGUGCUGGCUGCACACUUUGUACAGACAACCAAAUUGGAUAGGAAAAACCAAGACGCUCCCAUUUCUAAUGAUGCUCCAGUGGCAACGAAUGCUAAAAGGGCAAGGAAACAAGAGAAAUCUCCAGUCGAAACUGUUCCGAGGCCUAAGCCACCCGUGAAGAAAUCUCCACAAAAGCAGAGGGUAAAUCUAGUAAAAGGCAAUCAGAAUCCCAGAAUCAGGAGGCAGCCACAACCUGCAAAAGGAGAAGCUGGUUCACAGCUUCCAUCAGAAAUCUCGUCGGUUGGCCGGGAGGAUGUUACUAGCACCGAGGCAGCUCCAAUGGAAGACAGCUCGGUGGCUCCGAGAGAUCUGCCUGAGAACUCCAUGGUCACCUGUGACUCCCAAGCCCUGAAUAUGCUAGCUGACCUAGCACUGAGUGCCGCUACUUCUGCCAUGCCACCGUCUGAGCCCAGACACCUGCCCUGCUCCUCUGAAUCACCGCAAAACGAUGCUUUGCUUUCUAAAGAACAUUCUGUACGUGGUACAUCUGACCAUGAGUAUCACAGAGGAGUUAAAAAUCAAAAAGGUACACUGUUACCUAAGCCCGCCUCUGAGAAGAAGAGUAGUCCGGCGUGCGACUGCCCGGUGAGCCAAGAGGAGGAGAGCUUGGCUCCCGCCAGUCCGGCCCCCGUGGCAGUCCCAUCAGCCCUUCCCGAGGAGACACUAGAAACUCAUGAUGCAAGCCAAAGCUCUUUUGUUGCUGUGGAACAUUCCUAUGCCCUGCUCCUUGCGGAGCAUUCGAAGAGAUAUCUACAGCAGAGAGGGAUCCCCAGCCCUGCCUUCACCAAGAACGGCCCCAAAGGCCCUGAAGCGGGAACCCCAGUGGGGAAAGUGAUGCCGUUCCGGCACCAGCAGAGCACCUCCCCACUGCAGAAGCUGUGCGAGGACCCGGCGCUCAAGCGCAGGAAUAGGCUGCUGUCCUCCAGCCUGAGAGACUCCCAUUGCUCUCAUACCGUGUUCAGCUGUGACGGCUCCUAUAAGGUCACUUUCAAAUGUGACACAGAAUAUGUAUUCAGCUUGGACAGCAAAUAUACCAACAACCCCCUGGAGAAGACCGUCAUCAGAGCACUACAUGGGCCCUGGAACGCUGACUUGCCUGACAACGUGGAGGAAGUGAAGCUUUUACUGCACAUGUGGGUGGCUCUGUUUUACAGCAAUCAGAACAAAGUCCUCCGGUCAUCCCGAAAAGUGGUAGAACACAGCAACCCAGCAAAAUAUGUGUCUAUAAAUAGCACAUUAGAGUCUUUUGAAUUCAGUGAAAUCGAGGAGUCCUCCAGCGUGGAAAGAUGUUCUGUAGACCCUCUGUUGGAGACCAGCGAAACUCCCAGAGGUCAUGCUGCCGAUGUGUCCUUCCCCGACACGGACUCCUUGCUUCCCUUCAUGAAACCACCACCCGCAGGAGGCUUGGAGUUCUGGGUACAGAAUGAACAGAAAGACAUGUUUGCCAGAGAAGGUCAUCCAGAUCCCCCAGAAAGCCAGAAUUUCAUUUAUUCUUGUCAUAACGAGAUUAUUGGGGAAGAAGCUGAACGAGGCCCAUCAGAUAAGCUGGAGACUUCCAGUCUUGUUCUUGCUAGUACUGGAAGUACCCAAACUAAUGGACCUGCCAUUCCCGGCGAAGACAAAACCUUUGAGCCACUUGAUAGCACAGGAGUGACUUACAACGAUACGGUCCCACAGACCACAUUCAGCAGGACUUACGAUGGGCUCGGCGGUCCGCCAGUGAUCUGUCGGAAAUCUGCGUACGGCGCCCAUGACAGCGCGGGGGAUGUCUUCCAUGCAGCGGUGCAAACAGAACCCAGUGCUCUCCAGGGCCUCAUCCGGCAGAGCAGCCCCCUGAGCGGAGACUGUCAGCCUGCCCUGGAGAGGAAGGAUGAUCCAGAGUAUGUGAUGAUUAAUCUGGAACCAGUUACCUUCACUUUUGGAAAAAAUACCUACGUCCCAGUACAGACAGACGUUGUAAAUGCAGGCUGCGAACCGACAGCCUUUCAUCCGGAGUGGAUUACACCAGUGUCACCUGCCGGGAGUCUGAGGCGUCCUGCGCCUGCUUUUGAAAAGGCACAAACACAAGGCCUUAGGGACGGUCCCUCUCCCACAGCGUCCAAGCAGAAAGGUACUAAGUACCUUUGCGCCUCCUCACUCAGCAAAGAGGUACCUGCAGAAGAAAUGUGUUCGCUGCGAAAAGAGAUUCCCGUUCCAUCCGGCAGCUCGGUGGUGGCGGAGGCGUUGUCAUCCGUUGAAGGUUCUAAUUAUCCGUCACCCGGAGAAGAGACGAAGCCCUCUCAAGAGCUUUUCCUGCACACCCCGAGUCUCCUUGGCAUAUCUGCGGAAGAGAUCAUAGAGCCGUCCCAGGUGGAAGACGCAGUCUCGCCAGCCACCUCUGCCGCCUUGGGACACGGUUCCGCGCGUGACCGCGCUCCGCCGGCGGGUGGCGCCGCAGACGGCUCCUCAGAGCCGGUGCGUGACGGGCGUGGGCUGAAGAGUGAGCAGAGGAACUUUGAAUCCUUUCGUACCGCCUUUACCAAACAAACCUGCCUCUCGGGGAGCAGAGAGGAGGCCAGCCUGGAGUUCUCUGAGGAGGAUUCCGACAUCGACCUCACUCUCACGGUAUCGCCGCCCACCAGCCCCAGAGAAGAGGUGCCGGCCGGGGGACCGGGGGAGGCCCCCAUGGCAAGUUUGGAACUUCAGGACGCGACUGAAGAGAUCAUUGGGCCAGAAGAGGUGACUCUCCUAGAAGACCCAGAGGUAGAUUCUGCGAAUUAUACCUCCAUGUUCCCUACGAUGCCUGAGAAGUCGUUAGAAAGUAAGGAGAGAAAAGGUGAUAAUUUACAAACCGUUACCUUAAUACUUUCUAAAGAAACUUGCGCCCUUGAGAUCGCAGAGGAGGUGAAUGUCACCUCAGACUUUCCUUUUGCUUCUUUAAUUGAAGAAGUGUCACCAGCUUCCAGUCCUGACCGCCAAGAUUCAGUCGAAGCAGCACAUCGACCUCAGGCCUUGUCUCUGUGUGGUCUGCAGCUGGCCAGUACACUGGGUGAGGGAAAUGACCGAUUCUCCCAGAUCGAGUCUGUAAACUUGGCCUUGACGGAGAAAGAACAUUCUUUUGUUGGUCCUACUCAUCCUGUGGGACAAGAUAACUUACGUGGAGUACAACAGAUGCAGCUCUGUGCUGAGAUGCCUGUCGUAGGAAGUAAGCAUCCAGAAAGAAGAGAUGGCUGUCUGACCCUGCCUGGUGAACUAACUGAGGAGAUUGGCCCAGGGGAGCAUGGCGAGGGUCUCUCUUUCUCAGAAAAGCUGCCGUUCUGUGCUGCGGAGCUGAGCCAGCCUGCCUCAGCUGCCAGAUACGGAGAGGAUGUCAAGCUUUCUCUAGAAAAACUGGUGCCAUCAGGAAACCCACUGCAGCCAGUUAGCGUACAAAACAGGAAUUUCAGUUCUCUUGUCUUGGAGACCAGUGAGCCUCCACGUAGUCCUACAGAGAUGAUUGAAAAUAAGUCUUUGGCGGACACGUUUGUUUCUACAACUGCUCCAAGUGGUACAGUGAAUGUGGCACUAAAAGAGCAGACCGGCCCUGAAAGUACUAGGAAUCAUCUCUUCAGCGGUGGUGUGAAGACAGAUGAAGGCCUUUACCUGCAGGCUCGGUCCUUGAGCUCUUGCUCAGCUGGCGGGGCUGAUACACAGACGCGUGGGCACUCAGAGAGCCCCAGACUGGCUUUUCCCUCAGAUGGGGCUGCCUUACCCCACUGUCUCAGACCCACGGACACAGAGACCGGGGUCCAGACACAGGAAAUCUCAGUGGUCAAAAUGGCCAGUUUGCUUAAGAAUAGUGAUGCUGAGGCCAGGUUCCAUGAAGAGGCCACAGAUCUAGGAGGUGUUGACUCCCAGUCUAGCGCCACGUCUCCGGAAGACAAACCAGACCCAGUUCAUGUGCUGCAAGAUAGGGCAGUGUGUGGAACAAAAGAUCUGCUGGACGCUGGGCUUUUCCCCAUGUGUGUACCUGCGGAUUCAUACCAUAAAACAGCCAUCACUGGUGAAAAUACCAGUAGAGAGCCUUGUGCUUCCGUUGUUCCCCCGACUUGUGCCCCUCUUGUUUGUGGAGUCUCUGAAGAGCAGACAGCAAGUCAGGGCUCUGGUGAGGGGCUCAGAGCCGAGGAGGACUCGGGGACCGUGGGUAGAGAUGUGGAUGUCAGUGUGAAUUCUGAGAUCCAGUAUGAGCCGCUUUCUGGAGAGUCUGAUCAGGACUCUUGUGGGGGCUGUAGAAAUCCCAAAUCAGAGGUAGAGAGUUCCUGCCCUUUGAGGUGUAGUCAAACCAAGAAAGAAGAAGAUACUUCGAAAGAUGAUUAUGACUCUUUCCCGAGCCUAAAUAACAGUGAUAAUGAAGAGUGGGGCUACUCUCCCCCUGCCCCAGGGCUGGAGACGGGCACUGCUCCCAGACACUGGCUCUUUGGGUUCAAGAAAGAAGACAGGUAUGUGCCCUCGUAUAUCCAGAUCCGAGACCUCCACGGCAUCCCCAGGACUUACGCUAAUUUCACCGUAACUAAAUUGCUGACAGAUACCACGAGAACUUUGCACAGCCUGAGGCGGCACCCCAAUUUCACUGCAAAGUGUGGCUUGCUCAGCUCCUGGACAAACACCUGGCAGGUGGCAGAUGACCUCACCCAGAACACUUUGGAUCUGGAGUAUCUGCGUUUUGCACAUAAGCUAAAACAGACCGUGAAGAAGCGAGAUUCUCAGCCUUCUGCCUCCUCCACCAGUAUCUUUGCAAAGGAGGCCCCUCUCCAGAUGGGUGCUGGAGCUUUCCCUCUGACAAGAGUCCCUGAGUCCCCGGCUCCGCAGCUCGCGUCCCGCAGCCGGAGUCCCCUUGUGGUAACGGUGGCGCACUUGGGCGCCGGGCAGCGGAGCCCGCGCGGGAGAGGCCGCGCGCCGGGCAGUUGGGACGGUUCUUCCUUGUGGAGGGAGAGCGGUGGCCCCGGUAGAAAGCCGCGAGCAGAUUCCGAGAGAAACCAGGCGGCUUCGUUCCACCUCAACAGGCUGAGGUACAACACCAAUUUCAGAGAAUCCCGGAACGAUAUUUCACUUAUCCUCAGCGAAUACGCCGAGUUCAACAAGGUGGUGGCGAAUAGCAAGGCGGCGCUUUUCCCCGACAGGGAGUGCGGCGGGGCCCCUGGGGAGGCCGCCCCUCGCGAGCCGCGCGCCGCCUUCCCGCAGGCGGCCUCCUACGAGGACCUGGUCGCGGACCUGUGCGCCAGCCUGCACGUCAGACUGAUGAGCGUGGUCAAGGCGGCCUGUCGGAGCCCCUGCCUCUUCUACCUCGCGGAGACCGGAGACCCGUCGUUCUCUGUGAGAACAAAGAGCAUCCUGAGGAAAGGGGGCCACACGGAAAUUGAACCUCAGCAUUUCUGUCAGGCCGUCCACAGAGAGGAUGACACACUCCUGGUCAUCAUCAGAAAUGAGGAUACAGCGUCGCGCCUGCACCAGAUCCCCUUCCUGCUGAAGCUGAAGCACUUCCCCAGCGUCCUCUUCGCGGGAGUGGACGGCCCCGAGGACGUGCUCGAGCACACCUACCAGGAGCUCCUCCAGACGGGCGGCUUCGUGGUCUCGGACGACAAGAUCCUAGAAACCAUGACAUUAGCUCAGCUGAAGGACGUGGUCAGGACCCUGGAGAAGCUGAACAGAAACGGGAGGUGGAAAUGGCUGCUUCACCACAGGGAAAACAAGAAGCUAAGAGAAGACACCAGAGUGGACUCGGUCGCACGCAGGAAGAACUUAAUCCUGAAAUCCUGUCAGAGCGCAAAUCUCAUCGAACCACUUCCUUACCACCAGUGUGACUCCCGAGCACCCACGAAAGCGGAACAUUUAAAAUGCCUGCUAAACCUGCAAGUCCAGCACGUCCACGCCCGGUUCGCCGUCUUCCUAACAGAAAAGCCAACUGUUUCCAGAGAAGUCUUUGAAAAUGGUGGCAUCCUUGUUACAGAUGUAAAUAACUUCAUUGAAAACAUACCAAAAAUAGCAGCUCCGUUUAAGAGCAGCUAUUGGUAAGGACACCUUCCAGAACUCUCCUGUGUUUACGGGGCAUGACAGACACUGACAUUUGCGUCUGAGGAAAGCUGUUGUUGGCGAACUGCUCUUCACCUUCCACAUCAUGCUGUAAAUUUUCGGUCUGUGUUGGGGCGGAGUUGCUGUCGGUUUGGCCUAAGUGGGAAUUUCGGAAGGGGCCACCUGCUUCAGAGUAGCCCGUUUCCUCUGAAGGACACCAGUCGUCACCCGCAGUUCACCUUGUUCCCAGGACGGAAGAGAACAUGCAUAAGUCCCCGUGAGACGGCCUCCUUGUUCUAAAAACCUUUCUUGAUUGUUCUAUUUAAAGAUGCAAUCAUCAGUUUUGUCUUCGUCCAGGUGAUGAGCGGGUCUAGACUGCGCCGCUGCCGCCAACCAGUUCCGUUUCCUUUUACUUGAAAACUUUUUAGACAAACAGCAGGUUUCUCAUAUUUGAAAAAUCACUGUUCUCCAACUUGAGAAUUUUCCUUCAUUUCUUUACACCUUGUAAAAUCUCGGCCUUCGUUCACAGCGGGACGCCAGCUGUCCAAGAGCGUUCGGCUGCAGUGGUCAUAUUGAUUUAAAUUAUUUUCCAUUUUUGCAGAGAGCCUUCAAAACUAUUAAUUAAGCUCACUGUGAAAAAGAAUUUUACAAACACGUUUACUUAGUUGUAGCAAAAAUAAGUCUAUUUUAACAGAUAGCUUUGUUUUUGCAUGUUCCCGUCUGAAAGGCGUAGGUAGUGCAUGUUACAGUUUGUGUUACAGGCUUCACCGCCCUCGCCCUCGGACAAGCCGGGAUCUCGCGCGGCGCGCACGCGGGUGUUCUAGCAACACUACAGUAAGUUCUGUUACAGAUCCGUAAACUUGUCAGUUUCCACUUGCUCGCAUUUUGUAAAUACCGCACUACAAAAAUCAACCCUCUAAGGAAGAAAAUCUUUUAUUUAUGGUAUUAAAUAAUUUCUACCGUAAUCUUUGAACUCAAAACCAAGCAAAAAAAUGUAGAUACAUAGUAUCUAUUUGGAACAAAUUUUUGUAACUAAUUUGUUUCAUUUUUUUAAAUAAAGACAACUAAAAAAUCAA